AUGUCCAACCGACCAGCAGUCCCCGUCACCACCCUCUCCCUCUCCUCCUCCUCCUCUUCCACCCACAACCCGCUCCCAGAUGUCGGCACUCGAGACUACACGAUCCUCAAGGAAGUCGGCGACGGCUCCUUCGGCACGGUCUGGCUGGCCGACUGGCACUCUCCACUCACCCUCCCCCCCGGCACCCAACCCCCAGGGCCAAGCUCACGGCCAGAGUACAAGGGGAAACAACUCGUGGCGGUCAAGAAGAUGAAAAAAACUUUUGACGGCGGAUGGGACGAAUGCAUGAAACUCAAAGAACUCAAGUCACUACGAACGAUCCCCAUGCACCCCUUCACCAUCCCACUCUACGACGCCUUCCUCCAUCCGACCACCAGGGAACUCUACUUUGUUUUCGAAUGCAUGGAAGGCAACCUAUACCAACUCACCAAAUCCCGCAAGGGUCGUCCACUCGCCGGCGGCCUGAUCGCCUGCAUCUUCGAACAAACCCUACUCGGAUUGCAUCACGUCCACGCCUGUGGAUUCUUCCACCGGGACAUGAAACCUGAAAACCUGCUCAUCACAACCACCGGCCUCACCGAUUAUCCCCACGGAAGUCCGUACGCACUACCCACCGCACCCCCCGAGAGGGAUGUGGCCGUGAUCCUGAAGAUUGCCGAUUUCGGGCUUGCAAGAGAAACCAACAGUCGACCCCCCUACACGGAAUACGUCUCUACUCGUUGGUACCGGGCCCCAGAGGUCCUACUCCGAGCACGGGACUACAGCAAUCCGGUCGACAUGUGGGCCCUCGGUGCCAUCCUUGUCGAAACUGUCACUCUCAAACCACUCUUCCCAGGGAAUGGCGAAAUGGAUCAAGUUCACAGAAUCUGCGAAAUCAUGGGCGAUCCCCAGCAUCCCUAUGGAUUAGAUGAUAAAGGCCGUCUUCGAGGCGGUGGUCAAUGGCUUGGGGGAGUUGCUCUGGCUAAAGCGGUUGGGUUUUCAUUCCCUGAUAAAGUACCGAUCGACUUUGUUCAACUCUUCGACACGUCAAACAUUCCAAUUCAAUUAAUUGACUGUCUGCACGAACUUCUCCGUUAUGAACCCAGAGCUCGACUGACAACCGCACAAUGUCUGGCGCAUUCUUACUUCACCGAUGUUGCACCUCGUCUUAUUCCACCCUCUCUAUCGGGUAUCGGCAUGUUAAACUCCUCCCUCGCCCGCGGCCUGCCCUCCCCUCGGCCGAAUACUGUCUAUCCUGCUUCCCCCGAACAUCUUGGUGCUCACCAGCAGCAGCAUUACAUGCCAGUCGACCUCCCCUCGAUCUCUCCCCAAAUCGUCCCAGUCUCCCACAAUCAAGCUGGUUUCCCUAACGCAAGGCCCACACAUGUCCUCACGCCUUCCAACAGUAGCCAUGCUGUUGAUUCGAUCAUGACCGACGGUGAACCGUCUGGCGACCAUCACCAACCUAACGGUCAGGCCUAUCCACCACGCGCAUAUGUAUCUCCUCCGGAGUUCCAGCGGCGUGGCUCUCAACCCUAUGAAAACUAUCCUCAGCCUCCUCAGGGCUACGAAUAUUCCGCUCCGAUGAUCGCCCAGGACCCUUCAUUUCUGUCGCUCUCUACUGGUCUACCAUCACCAUCUGAUCCCAGCCGGGCCUCAACUGACACUCGCCACACCAACACAAGCAACCAACUUAAAGUCCGAAGUAGGACCUUGGCCUCCGUUUUUUCCGGAUCUCAGUCUCUCAAGCGAACUCCUUCUGAGCGCGUUUUCACGGAUGGAUGUACAACCAAUCCUUCGCCUACCUUGUCACUCGAUCCCAAGAAAGCCAAGAAGGAGGCCGAGAAGGCUGCCAAGGAAGAGGCUAAGUUGGAGGCACAGGCCAAACGUGAGGCCGCGCGUCGUUCAGCCCAAGAGCGGUCUCGAGCCGUGUUGCAGAAGCAGAGGCUUGCGCAAGGUUCAGAUAUCCUGAUUCAUGUCAAUCCAGAGUUUGCUGCUCCGGUUGGCGCGCCUCGGAAGGCCGUUGACAAGGGAAAAGGUCGUGCGACUCUCCAUCCUCCAAUGCCCCAGAUAGUUGAAGACUGUUCUCGGACUCGAAACGGCCAACCUCCGCUCCCCAGCCCGGCCAGUACCGGGGCGCCUUCUUUUCAUACUCAAUCCGAUCGCUCAGUCUACUACGGCGACGAUCGUCAGACACGCCCAGAAUAUCCAACAGAAGAACGACGGUACUCGUUCAAUUCAUCCAAUACGAUGGACAGCGAUCCUGGUCCUCGAUCUCAGCACAUCAAUCUCGUCCGAAGUCCCUCCCAUGGAUCAGGCUACUCGAGAUUAUCAGUCGCUUCAUCGCCUAACUUGGCCAGUCUAUACAGGGCAUCAACACCCGCUUCAACCACAUCAUCGCUAGACCAUCAACUCAUCGCUAACAUGGCAGGCCUAUGUGCGGACGAGCAAUCGAAUGCUAAUAAUGGCAAAGCUCUUCACAAGUGGCCCAAGCCCCCGCCCAACGAGAAACGGGCCUCAGAUGAAUCUUCAGCCCUCUCUCAAUCUCGCUCGCGAAGUCCCAGUGAUCCUCGGUUCAGCCCCUAUGCAGUACCGCCGAUGCGGACGAGCCUACCGAGUAUUGCCAACUUCGAUUUCCCCAGCGGGCCGCCUCCCCAGCCACCGCUCCCCUCACCUGGUCAUCCUCAGGCUCCUGAACGACAACAUCCCGAGCGCCAUCUGUCGAUCAGCUCGGGCAGCCCAUCGAUCCUCUCCCACAACUCAUUCCCCAUCGGCCCUCGCAGCCCUUAUUCGACCACCUCACCCAGUAACUAUCAUCAGCCCCAGCAAUCCUCCACCAGCCCGCCCGGUGCUCACACCACUGGUAGUCCUAACCUCGUCUUCGAUCUCACUGGCUCUACGUUGGCUAGUUCAGAGAUCCAUUACCACCAGCAUCAUCAACCUCCUCAACAGCCACAACACCACCAACAUCUUCAGUCCCAACAACAGCAACAGAAUUCACAACAACAUGCUCAUCAUACCAAUCUUAACAGCGAAUCUAUUUCUUCAGUUCUUGUCUCAGUUCAUAACGGAUCUUCUUCCCCCUCUCUCUCCGACUCCACUCAUCACUCAUCUCACCCCAACCAUCAACAACAGUCAGGACAGAGUCGGUUCGGCAAGAGUGUUUCUUCGACCGACGAGGAGUUGGUCGUGCCCACCAAUGGGAAACCGCUCCACCAUCUCCAUCGCCACUCGACGUGUUGUCCGCUCCCUCCCGACCAACUCAACCUCGCCCUCACUCACCAUAAUCCGCUCCAGCAGCAACACCAUAACCUCCAGCAUCAGCAACACCAUCUCCUCCAUCAUCACCAGACCCUCAAUCAGAACCAUCUCCAGAAUCUUCAGCAUCAGCAGCAGCACCAGCAACAACAACUCGUCGACUUUAGUUAUAUUCACAACGACUCGCUUCAUGAUCUUGAUGACGAUCAACACAUGACUAGCUAG